AUGCGGUCGUCCCUCGUGAACAAGAAGACCACCAAGGAUGCCUGGGAUGCCAUUGCCGUGGCAUGUAUCUACAGUUACCGCGCCUAUAGAUACACGUUGCAGAAGCUGCGUCUGGAGUGGGAGAACCUGGCUUUCAAGCUGGGCGAGGAUGUCAAUGACUUCGCUCUCCACCUCAACACCCUGAUGCAGCAGUUGGCAUGGUACAGCGACAACGGCAUCGAUGAGGAGAGAGUCGUCGAGAAGUUUCUCCAUGUACCUCCCUUAGAGUCGGUCACCAUCGGUGGCAAGCUUCUCUUCACCGAGGAGCAGUGGCUCGCUCGCCAGUGGGAGCGGAGGAAGAGGGAGACCUCGGGUUCAUUGGAUUUGAGUUCGUCGAGCAGCCGCAAGCUUCAGCCACACAAGCCGGACAAGGUGUGUGGUGGCGCUCUUGACAGCGUCGAUGGUGAGCGCAAGGCUACCCACGAUGACACCUGCAAGAACUACGGUAGGACCAGCCACUGGGCCAAGGAUAGCCGACAGGCGAAGCGUGGUGGUCAAGCACAUGUCAUGCAAGCGCAGGAGGGUGACAAGCCAGCUCUGUUCCUUGUACACGGGAGCAUCGAGCUGCACUCCUCUCCCACGCUUUCCGCCGUCGCGCUCCUCGACCUCGACGAGCUAUAG